AAUUUUAACGUAAUUCUGCUUUAUUUUCACUCAUUUUAAAUGCAUUUAAAGGCUUCUAUUUCAUUGCAAUACAGUUUUGCAUUAAUCGUACUUUCAGCGGGUAGAAAAUAAUGAAAAUGAUUACCAAAAUAAACUCAAAUGUAAGAUAAAUUACAUCAUCUACAAACCUAUGUAACGCCAUAUAAUUCUCAUUAUUAGAGAGUUUUAUAGAAGCUUAACUAAAGAAAAAAAAUAAGAAUUUGUUACAAUUCUUCAAAUAACAGCCAACAAAAAUUUGAGUAUAAGGAGCAUUUUCCUUUUCAUCUGUAUGACGACGAUUGAUUCGGGCCAGCAGACAGGUUGGCAGCCCCACGAUUACGAUGAAAGAACGGUCGCCAAAACUUUCGCCCACGCGUUCAAGUCACCACGCGUAUAUUAAAUACCUACGCUAGUUGUCGCGCUGCCAUCUCGAGAAGGAAGUCUUCCCAGUCUUUCGUCGACGCUUGUCGAACUGCGACGACAAUCAACCUUUGACGACGCGAUGAUGGAACGACCGUUUGGAAUUUCGCACGUGGAUGUUGACGCUGAUAAGGGACGUUUCCGGGAUAAUCAUCGUCGAAGAAAAGUCACGCGGAAAUGGACAUAAUACGGUACUUUUGUUCGCCUCCAUGCAUCCGUAUGGCAACCGCCGGUCUUGAGGUGCGCGAGGCUGGACGAGCAUUGCGUGUACAAACGGAAGCGCCGCAUCUCGUUUCUAUGGGAAGCGGACGUUUGUCGACGGCGGUGACCCUGCAUCCUUUGCCAGAAGGUAAGCUAACCCUGGGAUCAAGUCGAGACGCAGACAUUUCUGUGGUUGGUACUGGGGUCGAGUCCAUUCAUUGCGCGAUUGAAAACAAUAACGGCGUGGUCACUCUUCACCCCAUAAAUGGAAGCACGGCAGUCGAUGGUGUACCGAUAAAUUCACCAGUGAGACUCGCUCAAGGUUGCAUGCUGUCGAUUGGCAGAUCGAACUACAUGCGUUUCAAUCAUCCAGCCGAAGCGAAGCACUUGCGAUCUGUCCUGCCUCAUUCUAGAAUCUCAAUGGCGCCGAUAAGUUUCUCGCUGCCGGAGAACCAGGUACAAGAAAACUACCACUUGGAAAGGAAGCCACCGGUUGCGCCACGAAAAUCGCCGAGGAACUCGUACUCGGACGACGAAAUCGGCUUCCUGGGGAAGCUGACGAAGUUCGAGAUGCUGGCGAAACAAAACCGAAACAACUGCGUCUCCCCCAAAGUAUUUCCAGCCGGCGCCGUCACCACGAACGUUCCCGCCGAUCAGAUCCUGGGACACUCGAGGUCCUCCAGUUUGGUCUCUCUGAAGAACAAUAACAACAAUUCGCCGUUGCAAAAUCUGACCAACUUGGAUCGAAGUCGUUCGAACACACCUUCGUUCAGUUCUCCCGCCUCCGGUCAUUUCUUGAACGUGUCAGCGCCUGGCAACUGUUUCGCCUCCUCUUCACCGAAUCACUGCACCGAUGAAAACCGACUGCGAACCGACGCGCGAACCCCCAGUCGAUCCAACACUCCGAAUCUCCAAUAUCAGAACACCCCUCCAGCUAACCACAAUCAGAUCCAGAUGUACUCCACCGCGGAAUCCUACUUAAAAACCUACAAGCCGUACUUCCGCGACAGCAACAACAAGAAGAACACCGCCAACCAGGGGGACCUGAUGUCUCGUAGCAUGACUUGCCAGAGAUCGAGCGAUCUGGACCAGCUGAACGCGCAGGAUUACGACAUGAGCCAAAGCUUGAUCGUCGCCAAGACCACCACCACCGAGUACCUCCAACUGGACAAGUUCGGCUCGAAUCCCAGCAUCUGCAACAGCCCCAGCAACAGCCCCAGCAACGGGAACUACUGCACCGGAAGUCUGAGGAGCACCUCCGGCGCGCAAAAGUUUGGCUCGAAUCCGAACAUCAAGAGAAUCCAGCCGCCGAGUCCCGCGUUCAAUCGCAAUCCGAAGUACAACGAGCCAAAGAGGAGUUUAGGUCGUGUGAAGAGUCCAACGCCCAGUGUUGGGAGCUGUUGCUCGUUGGAGGAACUCCGCGAGAGGCAAAUCGACGCGGAGAACAAACGCAGGGAGGCUGAGCACAAGAGGAAACAGGCGCAGGAGGAUAGGUUAAGGGAACAGGAGGUCGAGAGGCAAGAGAAGUUGCGACUGGAAGAGAUUCUUGCCAUGUGCGCCGAGUACGAGAGACAGAGCACCAUGGAGAAGCCCAGGCAGCCUAACAGAAUCAAAACGAACGGCUCACUUCCACGCGACAAAAGACUAGGCUACAAUUCGCCUUUCGACAGUCCGAAGAGCCCAUCUAAAAACCAGCCACAUUUCUCUUUCGACGAGACAAAACAAUCCAAUUCGGCAUCGUACGAGAACGUGUGCGUGCAAAAUUCAAAGAUCAUCUUCCAGAACGGCAGCUCACCUAUCAGUCGUCGAAAUCAGACCAGUCAGGGAGAGUACCAAACGAUAAACGGCCAGGAUCAUCCUCAGUCAAUCACGCCGAACAACAAUCAAUCGACCAAGUGGCCAAACGUUCUUGGCUACGGGGACCAGAGCUUUUCUGGUUCGAUCUCGCAAGCUCGUUGCUCGAGCUACGAGAACGCGAUGAUCGACAACUCCGUCUUGAACAACAACAACGGUAGCUACGCACAAACUAACGACCCAACGAAGGAGACGUCCGCGUACGGGACGAUCCAGUUGAAUGGUACGCGAAUCAAGUCACAAGCGAACAACGCACGAAAUUACGAUAACUCGACGCCGACGCUCGGGAAUCUCAGCCUUUACGAGAACGUCGUGAUCACUUCGACGCAGAACAAUAAUCAAAAUCAUUCCAUGCCAAAGAAGAAUGGCCAGCUGUCGAACUCGUGCGAGAUGAUAGAGAACAAGCUGGCGAUAUCAAACGACGACCUUCUGGAGGCUAUCGAGCAGCUGUCUAUGCUUUCUAAGUCCAAAGAGAUUUGCAUGAUUCCCAAGAAGAACAAUUCCGAGAAGGACAAUGCGAAAUCGAACGAAGCCAAGGCUGACAAGGAGAGGAAGGAACUCGAGGAAGAGGACAGACGGAAGUACAUAGAGUUCCUUCAGAACGAGAAGCUGCACAUUCUUGGAAAUAUGGACGCGCUGAAGAGGAGCGUCGCGGAUAUCGAAAUUCAAGAGGAAGAAAUUAGCAGAGAGCUCGAAUUAGAGAAAGCGCUGUUGUCCGCGGAGUAUGAAUCGGAAUCCUUGAAGCUCAGUCAGGACGAAGGAGAGAAGAUAAAGGUGCAGAUGCGGAUAAACGAGCUAGAGAGGCAGAUGGCCGAAGAUAAUACGACGCAAGCGAAUUUGCAAGCGGAUGCUAAGCUGAGAGUUCAGAGGGCUCAACAGGUUUGCGGUCGUUUGGAGGAAGAGCUCGCGAAUUGCGUGGACGAAGCCACACAACAAAACGUUAGCGAGAAGCUCGCGACUCAGCAGGACAUCCUGGAAUCUGAAAGGAAGGCCUUCGAGGAUCUGGAGUUCCACCAUCUCGAAGAGGAAGCGAGCAAACUGGCGAACAGAGAAGAAUUGCAAAGAUACUUGAGCGAGCUAACGACUAAGAUAGAGACCAGGAAAGCUCGAUUGAAUCAUUUGGAAUCGCAAAGAUCUGAAGCAAAGUGCACAGCGACUAAGGAUGCACGAAGUCUCGAAAGACAGAAACUGGCACAUUUGAAACGGUUGGAAGAAGGUCGAAACCGAGUAAGAGCGAUAAACGACGAACUGACGAAAUUGGCACAAAAUUCUCGGGAGAACACUGAAGAGAAACGGUCUCCUAGCAGGGAAGACUUUGACAGAAUCUCGAGGGUCACCACGGACGCCCCAAUUGUAAACAAUCAAGGCAGCUUGGGAAGAAAGACUAUCGAGUCCCUCAAGGAAAUUGAGAGAAAUCGACAGCUUCAUUUAGCGAAACAAGGUAGUCAAGUAAUAUCGGAAGAAAGACGAAGAGUCGAGGAACUGAAACGGAGAGUCCAAGACGAGGUUCGGUCACAAUGGGAAGAAAGGAAGAUGAACUGCACUUCAUUCAAUAGCGUUGAAUCGGGCGAAGAAUCUUCCAGUUAUUCGACGGGACCAACCGAAAGUGGCAGCGGAAGCAGCGACGGCGCAGAGGGUGGAAACAACGAAAAAUUAUCUCCUAGCAAACUUUCGGAACUUACGUCACCCAGUCCAGGACCUUCAAACAAUUCCUACAGCUUGCUUCAAAAUGAUAACGUGAGUACAUUACGAGUUUAGCUAUUUGUUAUUAGU